UCCCCCAACAUGUCGCGCCUCAAUGUUCACAACAUCACGCAAAGCAUAUCCAGUUUGACCAGUCGUCUGAGUGUUCCCGGCAUCGAUAUUAUGCGCAGAAGCAUCGAGAGGCUUAGCAACAUCCUGUUUAAGCCUAAAGCCCCCCAGCUGAAGCGAGAACUAAGUCUUGUGGCAUCUGUUAACCUCAUAGUCAACGGAACAAUCGGUUCAGGGAUAUUUGUUACGCCUGGAAUAGUUCUCAUCCACGCCGGAUCAGUUGGAAUGAGUUUGGUAAUUUGGGCCAUCUGCGGAGGUAUCUCAGUUCUAGGGGCCCUUGCCUUUGCAGAGCUCGGUAUGGUGAUCCCCAAAUCAGGUGGUCAAUACGCCUUCUUCCAAGCUGCGUUCAGAGAUCUUCAUCCUUUCUACGGACCAAUCACAGGGUUCAUCUACGUAUGGAUCAACGUGUUGGUCGUCUACCCAGCCACUCUUGCUAUCUUCUGCUACACCUUCACUGAGUACAUCCACCAACCUUUGGUCUCUAUGUUCAAUGCUGAUUUAGACGAAGUUACUGAAGACAAUGUCAAGUUUCUUAUUCGGUUUCUCGCUCUGGGAAUCAUGGGCUACAUCAACCUAGUUAGUGUCAAGUUGUACGUGAGUGUCCAGAACCUGUUCUCCUACCUCAAGUUGAGCAUCUGCGCCAUGGUCAUCCUAGGAGCCGUCUAUGUCCAACUCACAGGUCAGGCUAAGGAUUUGCCGUUGGGUUUUGAAGGGACUAAUUUUUCCACAAAAGCUCUCAUCAUGGCGUUUUACAGCGGCCUCUAUACUUUUGAUGGAUGGUGCAUUGUGACUGGUGUUACUGAAGAAAUCAAGGAUCCUGACAGGAAUGUACUCCGCAGCAUCCUCAUUGCAGUUCCCAUGGUGACGGGAUUGUAUCUCAGUAUGAACCUGGCCUACCUCACCAUGCUUACUAUUCCUCAGAUGGUGUCUGAACCAGCCGUCGCUGUCGCUUUCGGAGACUUGGUCUUCGGCCAGUGGAAGCUCGUAAUCUGUCUCGGAGUUGCAUUCUCAGCUUUUGGCUCUGGAUUGUGCAAUGUUUUUGCUGCGUCAAGAUUGUGUUACGUCGCAGCCAGAGAAGGCCAACUUUGUGAAUCUUUCUCCUACAUUCACAUGGACAAACUGACUCCUGUACCUGCCAUUUUGGUGCAGAUUGGUUUGACUGGUUUGUUUCUGCUCUCUGGUGAUAUGGUGUCUUUAAUCAACUUCUCAAACUUCCUCCUCUGGAUUUUCUAUGGGUUGACUAUGAUCACGGUGUUUGUCUUGAGGAAAACUAAACCUGAUGCUAACCGGUCUUAUCAGGUACCACUGUGGAUCCCAGCCAUUGUGAUGGCAAUAGCUCUCCUAUUGGCCAUCAUCCCCUUAGUUACACAGCCUCCCCUACAGUACCUAGUAGCUCUGGCCUUCAUUGGCUUUGGUGUGGUCAUCUACUACCCGUUUGUCUACAAGCAGAAGAGAUUGCCAUACAUGGAUGCAUUUACUUAUUUCACACAAGUGUUAUUCGAAGUAGUUCCGACGGCAGAUCCCGAUGUGUUAUAGCAUCACAAACAUCUAUGGAUGUGCGUAGAUUUUAACAAUAACUGUUAUAUACUUUGAAAAUAUUUUUCUAACAAUUACAAGAGUUUUAAAUUGUACAUAUAGAAUAAGUAAGCCAGUCUGUAUCUAAAUGUAUAUAUUCUUUGUAAAUAGCUCUUUGUAUUGCAUCUAUUUACGUUGGUUUAGAAAAAAAUUGUGUUAGCAG